AUGGGCUGGCGACCGCGGCUCCUCUGCUGCCUCUUCCUGUCCCUGACGCUGGCAGGGCUCGCGCGCGCCGCCACGGUCCACCAGGAGUGGGAGAUCAGCUACCAGUUCAAGAGCCCCGACUGCGUGCGCAAGCUGGCGGUGACCAUCAACGGGCAGACGCCGGGGCCGACCAUCCGCGCCACGCAGGGCGACACCGUGGUGGUGAGGGUGAAGAACUCCCUGCUCACCGAGAACGUGGCCAUCCACUGGCACGGCAUCCGGCAGAUCGGCACGCCGUGGGCGGACGGCACGGAGGGCGUGACGCAGUGCCCCAUCCUCCCCGGGGACACCUUCACCUACACCUUCGUCGUCGACCGCCCGGGCACCUACAUGUACCACGCGCACUACGGGAUGCAGCGCUCGGCGGGGCUCAACGGCCUCAUCGUCGUUGCCGCGGCGCCCGGCGGCGGGCCCGACGCCGAGCCCUUCAGGUACGACGGCGAGCACCACGUGCUGCUCAACGACUGGUGGCACAAGAGCACCUACGAGCAGGCCACGGGGCUCGCGUCCGUGCCGUUCGGCUGGGUGGGGGAGCCGCAGUCGCUGCUCAUCAACGGCCGCGGCAGGUUCGUCAACUGCUCGUCCAUGGCGGGCGGGGCCUGCAACGCCACGCUCCCGGAGUGCGCCGCGCCGGUGUUCGCCGUCGUGCCCGGCAAGACCUACAGGUUCCGCAUUGCCAGCGUCACGUCGCUGUCGGCGCUCAACUUUGAGAUCGAGGGCCACGAAAUGACGGUGGUGGAGGCCGACGGCCACUACGUGAAGCCGUUCGUGGUGAAGAACCUCAACAUCUACUCCGGCGAGACCUACUCCGUGCUCAUCAAGGCCGACCAGAACCCCAACCGCAACUACUGGCUCGCCUCCAACGUCGUCAGCCGCGAGCCCGGCACGCCCACGGGCACCGCCGUCCUCAGCUACUACGGCGGCCGCAGCAGCCCGCGGAAGCCGCCGCCGACCACCCCUCCCACGGGGCCGGCCUGGAACGACACCACGUACCGGUUCCGGCAGAGCGUGGCGACGGUGGCGCACCCUGCGCACGUCCAGACCCCGCCGCCGCGCGCCGACCGUGUCAUCCUCCUGCUCAACACGCAGAACAAGAUCGACGGGCACAUGAAGUGGGCGCUCAACAGCGUGUCCUUCACGCUGCCGCACACGCCCUACCUGGUGGCCAUGAAGAGCGGCCUCCUCGGCGCCUUCGAUCAGCGCCCGCCGCCGGAGACGUACGCGCACCAGGGGUACGAUGUAUACGCUCCGCCGCCGAACCCGAACGCGACGGUCAGCGACGGGCUGUACCGGCUGCGGUUCGGCUCCGUCGUCGACGUGGUGCUGCAGAACGCCAACAUGCUGGCGGCCAACAAGAGCGAGACGCACCCGUGGCACCUGCACGGCCACGACUUCUGGGUGCUGGGCUACGGCAUCGGCCGCUUCGACCCGGCGGUGCACCCGGCGUCCUACAACCUCAAGGACCCCAUCCUGAAGAACACGGUGGCCGUGCACCCCUACGGCUGGACGGCGCUGCGGUUCAAGGCCGACAACCCCGGCGUGUGGGCGUUCCAUUGCCACAUCGAGUCUCAUUUCUUCAUGGGAAUGGGCAUCGCCUUCGAGGAAGGCGUCGAGCGCGUCGCUCAGCUCCCGCAACAGAUCAUGGGGUGCGGGAAGACCAAGGGCGGCCACUAA